CGGCGGCCGCUGCCAAAGGGGAAGUGAGCUGGGGUUGGAGCAAUGGCCCGGGUCCGGAGCCCGCGGCCGCCGCCGCCGCAGCCGCCAGCGCGUCAGGAGCAGCCGCGGCCGCAGCUGGAGCGGGGGCCGGAGUCGCGGCUGGAGUGGAGGCGGCGCAUGUGAGUUGCCGAGAGUCGCCGGUGCCGGAACACCUCAGACUCUAGGUGGGAGCGCUUCAGGUGUCUGAGCCGCCGUCGCCCCUCCGCACCUCACCCCCAGGCCCAGACAGCAGGGCUGGGGUCUCCCCGGGCGCAGGACUGGCUCCUCUCAGCCCGUGCCCUCCGAGCCGGGCUCUGGGUCUUCCUCAGUCUCAGGCUCCCUUCAAACUCAGGACGGAGGACGGCGAUCACUCCAGACCCGGGCAUCUUCUCGGCGUCCAGGCUGUGUCGGGGUUGUAGCGACUGGGAGCCCCCUCCUGCUGCCACCUGUCCAGCUAGGGAGGGACUAGCGCGUUCCUUGUCUCGCUGUGCACCUCCCCCUCUCCUCCCGUUCAAGAACAAGUUUCUUUUCCCUAUCGAUUGGGAAUCCUGCCCCGGAACUCCAAAACACUCAUCUGUGUGUCCUUCCCCAAUUCCUGGAGCACGCUUAGAAAUAUUAUCUACUUAUCGGGGCUGAGAAUCUCUCGUUCUUGACUUGGCUUCUUAUCCCCUUUGGGAGACAAAGGUUGCUCCCCCCCCUUAACAUCCUCUUAACUAACUGACACUCCAUGCUCAGGGCCUUAUCCGUUUGGAUCACCAGCUUCUUGGCCAUCUCUAUGUGACUUCCCCCACCCAUCUGAGUUCCAGUUUCCUCUGGGCUCCAAUCUCCAGCCCUCAGCGGAUCUGGUCGGCCCCACCCCUGGGUGGGAGUGACCGGUGGGCUCUGGCCCAGGAUCCCUCACCCUGGAAGGCAGCUCCAAGGCAGCGAGAGAAUUGGGCUUCGGGUACGAACCUGGCAGCUCCGGAGUGGGUGCUCCACUCACCCCACACAAGAAGAUGAAAAAGCGCAAGGAGCUCAAUGCAUUGAUUGGCUUGGCUGGGGACAGCCGAAGAAAGAAGCCCAAGAAGGGCUCAGGCCACCGCCUGCUUCGCACUGAGCCUCCUGACUCAGCCUCUGAGUCCAGCUCAGAGGAGGAAGAAGAAUUCGGUGUAGGUGGAAAUCGCUCCCGCUUUGUCAAGGGAGACUAUUUACGAUGCUGCAAGAUCUGUUAUCCCCUCUGUGCUUUUGUCAUCCUUGCCGCCUGUGUUGUGGCCUGCGUUGGCUUGGUGUGGAUGCAGGUUGCUCUGAAGGAGGAUCUGGAUGCCCUCAAAGAAAAAUUUAGAACAAUGGAAUCUAAUCAGAAAAGCUCAUUCCAAGAAAUUCCCAAACUUAAUGAAGAACUACUCGGCAAACAAAAACAGCUUGAGAAGAUUGAAUCUGGAGAGCUGGGCUUGAACAGAGUCUGGAUAAACAUCACAGAAAUGAAUAAGCAGAUUUCUCUGUUGACUUCUGCAGUAAAUCACCUCAAAGCCAAUGUUAAGUCAGCUGCAGACUUAAUUAGCCUGCCUGCCACUGUGGAGGGACUUCAGAAGAGUGUAGCUUCCAUUGGAAAUACUCUAAACAGUGUGCACCUUGCUGUGGAGGCAAUACAGAAAACCAUGGAUGAGCACAAGACAACCAUGGAGUUGCUGCAGAGUGAUAUGCAGUUCUUGAAGGAGACCAGUGGAAGCAACCAGAUCAUUCCAUCACCUUCAGCUACAUCAGAACUUGACAAUAAAACUCACAGCGAAAAUUUGAAACAGAUGGGUGAUGGAGCUGCCACUCUCAAAAGAGAGUCUUUGCAUCAAGUAACCAAUGGAACUGAAACAGUAAAAACCCAAAGCAUAAAGAAAGAAGAUAGUUCAGAUUCUCAGGUAUCCAAGCUAAGAGAGAAACUACAGCUGAUCAGUGCUUUCACAAACAAACCUGAGAGCAACAGGCCUCCAGAGACCGCCAAUGAAGAGCAAGUACAGAGUUUCACAUCAAAGCCAUCAGCAUUGCCAAAAUUUCCACGAUCUUUUGGAGACCAGGUUGAGAAAGCUGUCCAGCUAAGACCUGUCUCCCUGCCAGGAAUUUCAAGCAUCAAAGAUCUCCAGGAUUUAUUCCACAAGAAUGACCAGGACGUGGAUGGGAAGCUGACCUACCAAGAAAUCUCUAACUCCUUAAGUUCUGCUGUGCCAGAACCAGAGAGCUUGAGAGCAUAUGAUUCCGAUGGAGAUGGAAGAUACUCAUUCCUGGAGCUAAGAGUAGCUUUAGGUGUCUAGCUUCAUCAGGCAUAUUUUAGAAAUUGAUAUAUACCCUGGACUACCUAAUAUCUACUCACCUAAAGAAAACAACCCCUUUACUUACCCAUCAGUUCUCCAGACUACUAUAGCAGACACAUUGCCACCUUUUAACUUGUUUGAAAAAGCUAUAUAAAAGUUAUUUUUUUAAAAAAGAAGACCAUUUUAUGUAGAAUAUGAUAUUCAGAAAUCUCUAAUUUCCUGACACCAAGAAGAUCUUAAUUUUAAAAUUGCCGGAAAAAAAGUCAAGCCCUCUUUUUUUCUCUUUUCCUUUUUUUGAGGGGAGGAGACCUUAUCUUUUAAAACUGGAAAAUGUGUAUAUAGAGAGAAUAAGCCACCUUUUAUAUUUCACAUAAAUUUGCCUUAAAUUAGCUGCACUUUAUACAGAGUCAGAAAAUGUGUUUCCUUUAAAAGUUAGACCUUUUCUGUUUGUAAAUAUUUAAAAUGAAAGAAACAAUUGUGCAUAAUUGUGGGAAAUAGAAUGGUUUGAAACAGGAUGUGAACAAAUGACUUGUUAUUAAAAAUCACUAAUCUGAGGUGGUAGCAGCUGAAACUCUGUCCACUCCUCCCUAAGGCAUCUCCUUUAGGUGCUGCCAGGGGGGUUUGGCCUGGUGGCUGGGGGAAUAGAUUUAGAGAGUGGACCCAGUGGGGACAGUGUCCUCUCCAGGCUCAGGAAAGUAAAAUUCUGGCUCUUUGUCCCUUCUCCUUAGCUAAUCCCAACCUGUGAACCAGAGAAGUCUUGUCGGGGAUUUUUUUCUCGUUUUUAAUCCUAUUUUAGGGUUUAUGAGCAUACAAAGUUAUCUAGCAGGGAGCUAUAUUUCCCCCCUGAGUGAGCUACGUUAUCUUCCCCGCCCACCCACUCAAGUCUAUCUUAAAGCUGUAGCUGAUUUCCACCUCUGAUACUGUCUUCAUUCUGAAUGACAGAGCUGAAGACCCUCGGUCACUGUUAGCCUGGCUACCUAGAAGCUUUAGAGGAGAGCUAUGCCUCUAACUUUGACCCAGGAAACUCCUUGAGACUUUACCUGGAGGCUAACCAAGAAUCUAAUGUAUCCCUCUUUUGGCUAAGGCCAGAAAGCUUGGGAAAUGAAACACAGGAAACCAUAAUGGGUUUCCUUACAAUUACUAGCCCAGGAGUAGCUAGAGGCUUUCUGUCCAGAGGAUGCCAGACGAUAGCGGGCAGGCUUGGAGCCGGGGGCUUCAUGUGAUGGUAGGAAGUUUUUUCAAAUCUCAUAUAAGCAAGUGCAAUACUUCUUCCUUUAAACACUUCUGUAGGCCUGGUACUAAAGGUCCCUGGACUGGAAGGAAUUAUACCUCCAUGUCACCUAUGUGUGUGCUGUGUUGCUGUUAGAAGCAGUGUUGGGGCAUCACAAAAGGAAAAAACUUUGCAAGACUUAACUGUGCUGGAGGCCAAGUCAGGGAGAAACCAGAGAAGCUUUCAUGGCACAGACUUCUUUAGUAGAGCUCAUUUACAUUUUAACUUUUCCCAAGUUGUCCUGUUAGCCACAAAUGCAGUUGAGCACCCUUAAAUAUUUAAGGGCUGGUGUUUUUCUUUAUAUGAUGUUCAGCUUGGUGUUGGCUAAGCUUUUAGAAGCUUUUUUUCCUAGAAGUAUUAAAAUUUAAUUAAAGCAAGAUGAAGUCUUUUCCCAUGAAUGUGUCUGCUUACCUCAUUAUGGCUUAUGCUUCUCUUUCUUUUAAAAAGAAAAUUUCCCAGCCCACCUGAGCUUUCACUUUCUUGGAAAGGUUAACAUAUAGUGUAAAAUUAACCUGGCACUUUAGGUAACUUGAAGAUAACUCUUACUCUUCUGGCUGCCUUCCAUGCCCCUCCUUUUUUUAAUAUAUAUAUGCCCUUACAGAUUUUGUAACAACCAAAUAAAAUUCUAGCAAUAAAUUGAAUUAUACUGCUAUAUUUGUAUAUACUGUACCAUAAAUAGUAUGUCUGUACCUGGAAGGUAUUUUUUUGAGAACUGAUUUAUAUGAAAUAUACUUGAGGGUAAUGUAGCUUGUCCUUUUUACUUUCAAAUUCUUAUUCAUAGGCAGAUACUUUGAGAACACCUUAACUCUUUGUUGUAUGUACUUUUCUUUUGCUUCAGACAUCUACACAUGGAGAAGGCAGUUUUGUUCUUUGUUAUCUGUUCUUCCCACCUCGAGCUUGUCUGGCUAGCCUCAUCCCUGAGCCAGCUGUAUUAGCACCAUCCUUUCCCCUUCCCAAAUUUGGCAGAGGUGUUCAUGCUACACUCUUAGACUGGUGAAUACCUUGUCAUACUGCCUAAGAAAGUAUCCCAUGUCCCAGGCAGAGCUAGGGCAUCUUGAACUCCUUGGUUCUAAGUUGAGCAGACUCGUUGGCUUAAGAAAAGAACUCCGUAAGCCUAUUAUCCAGUGUUAAUUUGGGAUCUUUAUUUGUAUGUGGCUUGACUUACCCAACCUGUGACUUAAGCUGUAGUCAAGCCUCACCUGCCACAUCUCAGCUCUAAGAGGGAGGUUGAGUCGUGGCGGUGAGUUUGAUUUUGGUUUUCAUUUCAGAUACUUUUACUUUUUCACUUUGGCAGCUCCUGCUGCUGCUUUCCUAAGUUAUCCCAAUCACUGCUUCUGGGUCCUUUUUUCUUUUGCCUUGUACUGUUAUACUGUUUACUUAAAGAGCCUCUUCAUAAAUCAGAGAAGCAAAAAGGAGAAGAACCAAAAGAAGAGAGAACCUGGUUUAGGGAUGACUAGUGUCAUCUUAAGGGCAGAGAAGGGCCUGGCACUUAGGAAUAUGUCUGAUACAGCAACACCGAAGAGUGGACGCCCUUCAUCUGCUACCGGUUACUGUCUCUUCCAUUGGCGCUUCCUCACUUUACGUGGCUGGACUUAACCCAGUCAGCCCCCCUCAUUGGUCUUGCUGGUCACAGUUGAAGAUUUUGACUGUGAUGGGCUCACACUCCUAAUGACCUGCUGUUGAGUUGUUUUUAGUGACAGCUUUUGUUUGCUACACACCUCAUUGGCUUGCUUGCCAACACCAGCUAGAUGUGGUUUCUCCUCUCAUAUCCAAACCAGAACACAUUUGGGUAUUCCUGAGAUUUUACAGAGCGUGUAUUGUUUGUUAUACGAACCUAAGCUACCUUGUUGUUUUCUCAUAUUAAGAAAUGUAAAUCUACUUUGCUUUAGUGGAGCUAUUUUGGUAAUGUAUAAGCAAUUUUGGUUCUAUUUAGGGAGUGAAUUCAAGGUUUCCAUGACUUGAUUUGAGCUUUGCUUAGUUCAUAUCAGUAAUACAGACAUUUUAAUUUAUCUAAAUAAAACAUUUUCUUUUUCUCCCA